AUGGAAUACGCCAUGAAGUCACUGAGUCUUCUCUCCCCCAGAUCUCUUUCCAAAUGUGUCUCGGUCAGUGCUACUAUGACUCAACAGUUCCUCUCUCGUCCGGCCUCCAAGCCUCGACCCUUCAGAGUCUGUAACUGGGAUCGCAGCAUACGCAAGGGCAUUGUAGCGGAUAGUCUGGGAGAUCUACUGAACAAGGCCCAGGAUGCUCUGCUCAUAACUGAUGCUAUCACACUGGUUCUGGAUGAAGAUGGGACCCGGAGUGGACACUGAGGACUUCUUUCAGUCAGUGGACAGUGGAGCUGUCUUCGUGGCACUGGCCAAAGGGCAGACAUGGAAACCUUCCCAGAGAGCAGGCUACCACAUUUCCCUGUCCAGCAAGCCACAGAAGAAGAUCGAUGUUGCUCGGAUUAGCUUCGACCUGUACAAGACUCAUCCACAGGAUUUCAUAGGGUGCAUCAAUGUCAAAGCCACACUCUAUGGAAAUUACACCAUAUCCUAUGACCUGCAGUGCUACAGCGCCAAGCGAGUGAUGAAGGAGGCGCUACGCUGGACACUCUACACUAUGCAGGCUACAGGUCAUGUCCUUCUG